CCCUGAUGAUUUAUCUCGAUUCACGAUAGUUGACAACAGUUACCAUGCGCAGCAUCGUGCACGUCACGUUUCUAACAAAACAUGAGUCAUACACAAGUAGAGCCUCGGACGGGCCCUGAUUUAAAAAAUGACUGAAUAUCCUGUUUUACCACCAGAGGUUAUUUCACUGAUCCUGGAAUUCCUCCCGUUCAGAGAACGGCUAGCUACCGCUGCUGUAUGCAAACAGUGGUACGAUUUGGUUUACGGAACCAAGUUUUGCCGUCAGCGGCUGGUUUUACGCGUGGAACCCGGCAAUAAUCUGGUGCAACUUCAGCAGAACAACAGCUUACUGCUCCAGCGAUGUCGCGCGAUGCAACUGCAGCUCAGCGGAAUAGACGACGAGGGUAUCGUUUUGCUCAAGGACUUACUGAUGGCGAAAGCUGCGAUGUUGCGAUUGUCGGUUGUUGGGAGUACUCGGGAGUUGAAAUCAAUCUUGGAAGAUACGCUUCCUGGUUUGGACCAGUUGAUCGGGUUGGAAAUUGAAUUAUUGGCGGAGCCAAGCUCGGAGCUGGAAGAAGUGACUUCAGGUGAACUCGGGGAGGUUCCUUCAGAAAAUGAAGAAGACCGUGUCCUAAACAUGAUAAGCGAUUGUGGCGGAGCUUCUACUUUCAUAACAACAUUGAACCUAGCCAAUAGUAGCAUUAAGUAUCUUGCACUAAAAGAUACAAAUUGUGAUCAUACGUAUAUCGAUGGAAACUUUCCGUCAUUGACAAAUGUUUCAAUGCGUAAUAGUGUUCUUUGUUCGGCGUCCGAUGAUGCAUUCGAUUUUGAAGAGUUGAGUUUAUCACAUUUUGAUGGUAGCACGGAAAGCGACGACGAACCAGUUUCCGACGAAAUGGCUCACUUGAAAAAACUUUGCCUCGCAAACACUAGCAUCGAUUCAAGAAUGUUAAGAUUUUUGGCACUGACCGAGCUACGUUUGGUCGAAACAAAAACAGUUUUCGCAUCGUUACGAGAUUCGAUAUCUGCGAUGAAGCAGCUUCUAAAGUGGGAACUGAUUGAUGUUACGUUUCAAGAAGACACGCUGCCAAACACAAGUUUCACCUCGGACAGUAUUACCAACUAUAAAUUUUACUGUGCAAAAGAUUACACAGUUCAAGUGGACUUUCCCAACUUGGAAUGCCUUUCCUACAUUUCUACCUCACAAGUUGCGCCCAAAAUGUUUGAACAGAUUUGGAUCAACCACCGGAAACUUCAACGAUUGUCGUUCGGUGUCUGCGAAGGACAAAUUGGCAAAUUCCUCACGAAGUCAUCCAUCGCCCACAUCAACAACCUUCCCACGCUAAAAAUCCUCCAACUCGUUCGGAUGUCUCUGGACAGCGCAGACUGGUCCCAGUGCCGCCACCGUAACCAACUUCAAAAGAUCAGACUCGUUGGCUGCCCAAUCGAUGGCCGUGGCGCCCAACAACUUGCCGCGACCUUCCCCGAACUGCGUGAACUGUUUCUGGACCAUUGCCACCUGCGACAACCGACCGACGCGUUCGAAAUUGCGGAAAACUUUUCGGAACAGCAAGCCCUGAGGCGUCGAUUGGAACGUUGUCGCGUUUCGUACUACGAUUGUCACGUGGAAGAUUCGCUAGGUUCCUGUUGAAAUGAGUACACUGGAAGCAAUGUACACUGAUCAAUUCUCUACAAAAUCGGUAAUUUUUCUUUAAUUUUAAUUUUUGUAUUUUUUAAUCCGCUUGAAACCUUAUAGAUGCCUUUGGUAUGCCCAAAGAAGCCAUUUUGCAUCAUUAGUUUGUCCAUAUAAUUUUCCAUACAAAUUUGGCAGCUGUCCAUACAAAACUGAUAUAUGAAAAUUCAAAAAUCUGUAUCUCUUGAAGGAAUUUUUUGAUCGAUUUGGUGUCUUCGGCAAAGUUGUAGGUAUGGGUACGGACUACACUGGAAAAAAUGAUACAGGGUAAAACAAUUUUGGGGGAUUUUUUAUUUAACUUUUUGUCACUAAAUGUUUGAGGGAACAUCAAAUGAUUUUUUUUUAAAUUUCCAAAAUGGCAAAAAAAUCUUUAACCGAGUUAUACAUUUUUUAAGCAAUACUGAUUUUUUUUUGCAUUUUUUCAAAAAAUCGAAAAAUUGGUCGCAAAAUUUGUCAACUUCAUUUUUCGAUGUAAAAUCUAAUUUGAAAAAAUAAAUAAAUCAAUACUAACAUUUUAAAAGGGCCGAACAUUCAAUAUUACGCCUUUUUGAAAUGUUAGUCUUGAUUUAAUUUUUUUGAAAAUAUUGCUUUCGAAAAAAUCGGAAAAAUUUGACGAAUGUUUCAUAUUUUAAUCUAACCAUUAGUUGCUGAGAUAUCGAUAGUAGAAAAUGGUAGGUUGUUUGGGUGAGACUUGGAAAACAUCAAUUUUCCCAUUUUUUAAUCUUUGCACGGCAAUAUCUCAGCAACUAAAGUUCGUUUCAACAAAGUUCGAAAAAGCAAAAUAUAGAAAAUUUUCUCAGCUUUAAAUUAUUUUUUCAAAAGUGGGCAAACAUGGGCACUAAUCUAAAAAAUUAAUAAAUGCGACUAUUUUCAAAAAAGUUACCUAAAAAUGGCUUUAACUUGAAAACGGUGCACUUUAUGAAAAUUUCACUUAAGUACUUUUUUAUUGCAAAUUUGAUUUUACAUCCAAAAAUGAAGUAGAAAAAUGUUUGCGACCGAUAUUUCGAUUUUUGAAAAAAUAAGUAUUGAUUCACAAAUUCAUAACUCGGUCAAUGAUUUUUGGCCCGUUCUGGAAAUUUCUAAAAAGUUGUCAUUUAAAGCACAUUAGAAAAAAAAGAAAAAGUUUUUUUUUUGCAGAUCAAAUUUUGGUGACAAAAAGGGGAAAAAAAUCACAAAAAAAAAUUUACCGUGUAUCAUUUUUUUAGUGUAGACCUUAUCUAUACCUACGUUUUGCCGAAGACACCAACUCGAUCAAAAAAUUCUUUCAAAAGAUACAGAUUUUUUAAUUUCCAUAUAUCAUUUUUGUAUGGACUGGACAGCUGCAUUACAUGGACAAACAAAUGAUGCAAAAUGGCUUCUUUGGGCAUAUUAAAGGCACCAAAAAAGUUUCAGCCGGAUAAAAAUACAAAAAAAAAUCGAAUGACCUCAGAGAAUUGCUCCACUACUUAUUGUGUUGAAUAUAUUCUAGAUAAAUAUGACAAAAAGAUGUACUUUUGAACCUCUCAAGGAGCUUUUUUUGAUUACAUAAUGAUAAAUGAUAUGGUUUUAAGCAAAAUAGUUUUUAAGGAAAUUGAAAACGCAAAUUUUGACCACCCUGUUCUAGCUACGAUCACCCUAAUUGCCAAACAAACAAAGAACGGGUACCAUUACUUUUGCCAAGAAACUUACAAGCAUGGGCGUCCAUGCCGGGAAAUCCCGGCCAAAAUUUCCAGGACUUUUUUCAAAGCCAUCGAACAAUGUUUUGAAAUCAAGAAAAAUAAAAUAACUGAUAGUUUUAUUUAAAAAAAAAAAGCAAUAAAUUAAAAAAAAUACUUUAAAAAGUACAAUAAUACAUGAAUUAUUCAGAUAAUCAAACGAACAAUAAUAAUUAUAAUUAGUCCGUUGAUGUUACUGAUUGAAUUCGACCUUUGCAAAUAUGUUAUGAAGUUUAUGUUCCUUGACUUUGUCCAGUCCAGACUCGAUUAUGUGAAGGCCUCGGAAAAAAAUUCACUUCGGAUAAUCGAAUCACAAAAAAAAAUCCGUUGUCUUAUUUUUGAUUGGCCCAUAAACUACUUUGAAAUGAUUUAAAAUUUUAAAUCCAAGAUGGCGUCCAAAAUGGCGGCUAUGAAAUUUGGAAAAAAAAUGCUUUUUUCAAUUUAAUAGGCAGUCAACCUGUCAAAUUUGGCUAAAAUGGGGUCGCGGAAUUCGAAUUUGAUGUUAAAGUAAGAAAAUAAAAAAAAUAGGUUUUUUUUGUUCAUGAUUCGAUUAUUCGAAGUCCCAUACAAACCUUCAGAUAAUAGAACUUCGGAUAAUCGAUGCUAAAUAUGAUUAUCAACGCAGAAAAAAUGUACAUUUGAUUGUUUUUAGUUGAUUAGACUUCUAUUUCCACUAAAAUUUGAAAAUUCUCUGAUUUGUCGUGUCGAUUUUGAAAGACGACAUAGGGUAUAUGGCCCUAUUUUGGACCUACUAUGCAAAGCGUCAACACAUUUCGCAUGGUUUUCAGGAACGGUUUAACUAAUUUGGCUCGUUUCAGGAUUAUUUUGUGCCUUAAUUUAUGCUUAACAAAGUGUACUAUUGAAAAUUGAAAAUAAUUUAACCAUUUCAUUAUAAUAAGCAUUUCAAGUAAAACAUUUUUUGGAUGCUUUUUGGACUUAUUGAAUGUAUUUUGGAGACAUCGCUGAACCUAUUUUGGACCCACACUCUGAUUGGUUGAAAUUUGGACAACUAGAAUUGCGGCGUGCGGCGGCAACACGCACACUUACAAAAAACUCGGUUUGAUAAACCAAAGGGUCUAUCCACGAUUAUAAUUUGGAAAAUAUUUAUUUCAGAAAUUAAAUAAUUAUGAUAAAACAAUGGAUUUGAAUUUGAAAACGUGUUUUAAUUAUAUUGAAUGGAAACUCACGCAUCUUUAGCAGGUCUCUGUCCUAUUUACAAUUUGUGUAUUCUUACGACCUAGUUGUUCAAGCAUUAGAACAUAAAAGACAACCCGUUAUUAGUCGCAAUAAAAACACCUUAACUUAAAAUUAAAUGAAUGACAGAGAUACAUAACAAGUUACAAUGAAAAAUGGUUCUAAAUUUUACGCAGAGCUUAAGUUCGAAUAUGAUUAAACAAUGAAGAAAUUUUAGAGGGAGAUUAUAGCUUGUAACUUGGUGUGAAACAUUCUCAUCUGUCAUGUUAAACUUUACAGUUGCUUGACAAAAAGUUUAACUAUAUGUUGCACUUUUAAAAACAAUGUAAUAUUUGAAAAAAAUCAUUGUUUGAAUACCAGGGAGCCUUUGAUAGUCAUAGUUUGUCUUGUUAAAAGCAGAUUUGAGGUGUUCAAACAUUAGUUUUACUUCGAUCUUACCAUCACUUAGGAUGCUGAUAUAAUUUUUAAGAAAAUCAUUUAUGUCAAUAUUUAGUUAACUAUGUUUAAAAGCUUUUUAACAUCUUCUAUAUAUAAAAAAUUUCGACGGUUUUGUUCGAACGCGAAUCAUUUCACUACGGAGCGUCGGAUCGAGGUGCUCUUUUUUGCGUUGGGUUCGUAUAAGUCCAG